UCGCGGCGCAGUUGGGCCACCUGCAACUUGCACUUCCUUAGCCACUCUGCUGCCACUCUAGCCACUGCCGUUCCCCGACCGCUUCUCCCCAAAUUCCUCCCUUCCUGAUCUUCACUUUCUCAAGUCACUUUUCAAUCCAUCCCGAUCUAUCAAUUCACCCAACAACCACCUACCAGGAUUGACUAAUCCCGUCAGUUCAGCUGCUCGAGUCAUAAUUAAUUUAAACACAACUCGAGGGGAUGAGCUUUCGGGUUUUCUGAGUCGUUUCGAGUAUCUAGGAUACUCGUGUCGGACCAGGCGACACUCGCUCUCCUGUAGCCCCCUUCCGACCGUGUUGCUCCCGUCUCCUGCUGGUCCCCGACUCCCAAUCGACAACGGCUUCAUACAUCCACAAUGGCCUCCUCGUCGUCAAACGUCGUGGGCGUCCACUAUAGGGUGGGAAAGAAGAUUGGUGAAGGAUCAUUCGGUGUCAUUUUCGAAGGCACCAAUUUACUAAACAACCAGCAAGUCGCCAUCAAGUUUGAACCGCGGAAGAGCGAUGCGCCGCAAUUACGAGAUGAAUAUCGUACAUACAAGAUUCUUGUCGGAUGCCCUGGUAUCCCUAAUGUCUAUUAUUUUGGACAGGAAGGCCUGCAUAAUAUUCUUGUCAUAGAUUUGCUUGGACCGUCAUUGGAAGACCUGUUCGACCACUGCAACCGAAGAUUCACCAUCAAGACCGUCGUAAUGGUAGCGAAGCAAAUGCUCUCCCGAGUGCAAACCAUUCACGAGAAGAAUCUCAUUUACAGAGAUAUCAAGCCCGACAACUUUCUCAUCGGUCGUCCUGGGACCAAAGCCGCGAAUGUUAUUCACGUCGUCGACUUUGGCAUGGCUAAACAGUACCGAGACCCGAAGACAAAACAGCAUAUUCCGUAUCGAGAGCGAAAGUCCUUGUCCGGAACCGCCCGAUACAUGAGUAUUAAUACUCAUCUUGGACGCGAACAGUCACGGCGAGACGAUCUAGAAGCUCUCGGCCAUGUGUUUAUGUACUUCCUUCGAGGCGGUCUUCCGUGGCAGGGCCUGAAGGCUGCGACGAAUAAGCAGAAAUACGAGAAGAUUGGUGAAAAGAAACAAACCACACCCAUAAAGGAUCUAUGUGAAGGCUUCCCUGAGGAGUUUAACAAGUACCUUACUUACGUAAGAAACCUUGGUUUCGAAGAUACUCCCGACUACGAUUACCUGCGUGAACUAUUCACCCAGGCUCUGAAGAACACCGGUGAGGUAGAGGAUGGCGAGUACGAUUGGAUGAAGAUUAGCAAGGAGUCGUCCAAGGGCUGGGAUGCUAUGCACAAGCCUGGACCUUACCACAACCCGAAUAAGCAGCCGGGCGUCUCUGCCAGAGAGAUGCACAAUCAAUCUCGUAUCAACGUCCCUGGCGGCCUUACUCACGAGCGUUUAAACGCCGCGCAGCCCCCACCUCCGUCUCCAGCCAGACCGACGGACAAGCGCCGGCAAAACGCCCUCGGCGCCACGGCAGCGCAGCGAGGUAGCGCGGUGGGGGGCCUUCGGGACAUGGCUACACCAACUCCUUCAACCCAAGCCCAAUUCCAGAACAGCAACCAAAAUUUACCAGCGAGGAUGGCACCCCAGACGAAUAUGGGGUCACCGGCUGCGGGCAAUGGAGUGGCAUCAGAGGCGCAACCGACAGGAUUCCAGAAAUUCAUGAAGGUCCUUUGCUGCGGUUAGUUUGAACGUGGCCUAUAUUAGCAACGAGCAUAAAGCUGAUAAAAUGAUAGGCUAAACCUGAUCUAACGUGGCAUACUGGCGAUCUUAUAGACUAGAAUUGAUCCUGGAUGGAGUUCCUGCGCCGAUUUUUAUUACUACUAAUGCAUCCUGGUCUAAGGUGUUCAUCCUACUAAGUCUUGGUCGUUGUGUGUCAUUCCAUAGUUAUCUUCUCGAUGGAUUUUGCUUGCG